AUGGCAUAUAACACGCCGCAAGAGUUCAUCACCCUGGAGUCUGGUACUGAGAACAACUUUGCUAUUGUGUAUGCCCAGAGGCUCCAAUAUCCUAGUGGCGGCUGCAGUGGGGCUGUGCAAUCAACUCUGUACAAAGAUCGAGGCACUACUUACUUCAGCAAAGUGCGCCUUGAUAUAACAACCAUGAAAAUUCUAAGCAAUGUUUUCACAUUUGCGCAGACGCAGGAGGGUAAAGACAUCUCAUAUGGCAAAGCUGGGGAUUGUUAUUCGUCUUCUAACUCCAGUGACUGCCGUAAGGGUCAGUUUAAGGUUGAUUUGAGAGGGACGAGACUUCACGUUCGGGACGAUGUGACCUGGAAAGUUUUGGUAUACCCGACUAGUUUGACGAUGCAGGACUACCAGAAGUCGCGUGAUGGUGCAGUGGUGUUUGCCAAGUGUGGAGGUUGGUGUGGUACAUGUGAGCCGUCAGGGGGAUUUAUCAUACUGGAGCCUCUGUGUUCCAUUCCUGCUGGUAGGUAUAAAUCAUGUUUGUCUUAG